UCUUUCGUAGUCUUUGUAGUCCACUCCAAAGAAGGCAUUGAACAAUUUCCAUUCAGAGAGUUGAAAGGCUCAAGUGAGAUGACAGGCAGCUGAGAACUGCUCUUGGACCGUGGUGUUGCAGGGCAGGUUCAUCUAGGUUGGCAGGGUGCCAUGGCAUCUGGACCCAACAUGACGGUCCCCAUCUGUCUGGUGGAAAACAACCAUGAGCAGCUGUCAGUGAACCAGAGAGCGAUAGAGAUUCUUGACAAGAUUUCUCAGCCAGUGGUGGUGGUGGCCAUUGUAGGACUGUACCGUACAGGCAAAUCCUACUUGAUGAACCGCCUUGCAGGACAGAACUGCGGUUUCCCUCUGGGCUCCACAGUGCAGUCUGAAACCAAGGGCAUCUGGAUGUGGUGUGUGCCUCACCCCUCCAUGCCGAACCACACCCUGGUCCUUCUGGACACCGAGGGCCUGGGGGAUUUGGCAAAGGGUGACCUUAAGAAUGACUCGUGGAUCUUUGCCCUGGCCGUGCUUCUGAGCAGCAGUUUUGUCUAUAACAGCAUAAAUACCAUCAACCACCAGGCCCUGGAGCAGCUGCAUUACGUGACAGAGCUCACAGAACUAAUCCGGGCAAAGUCUUCCUUAAGACAAGAUGGAGUAGAAGAUUCCACAGAAUUUGUGAGUUUCUUCCCAGACUUUAUCUGGACUGUACGGGAUUUUACCCUGGAGCUGAAGUUAGAUGGUUAUCCUAUCACAGAAGAUGAGUACCUGGAGAAUUCCUUGAAGUUGAUCCCAGGCAACAAUCCCAGAAUCCAAGCAUCCAAUCUACCCAGAGAAUGUAUCAGGCAUUUCUUUCCAAAAAGGAAGUGUUUUGUCUUUGAUCGCCCAACAAAUGACAAAAAACUCCUAGCCAAAAUGGAGAAUGUGCGUGAAGAUCAACUGGAUCCUCAAUUCCUAGAGCAAACAAACAAUUUCUGUUCUUACAUCUUCACCCAUGCAAAGACCAAGACCCUCAGAGAGGGAAUCAUAGUGACUGGGAAUCGGCUGAGGACUCUGGUGGUGAACUAUGUGGAUGUUGUCAGUAGUGGAGCAGUGCCUUGCUUGGAGAAUGCAAUAACAGUUCUGGCCCAGCUUGAGAACUCAGCGGCUGUGCAGAAGGCAGCCGACUGCUACAGUGAGCAGAUGGCCCAGCGAGUGAGGCUCCCCACAGAUACACUCCAGGAGCUGCUGGACGUGCACAUGGCCUGUGAGAGGGAAGCCAUUGCAGUCUUUAUGGAGCACUCCUUCAAGGAUGAAAAUCAAGAGUUUCAGAAGAAUCUUGUGGAAAUCAUAAAGGAUAAGCAGGAGGAUUUCUUGCUACAGAAUGAAUUGGAAUCUGUCAAAUACUGCCAGGCUACACUUAAUCAGCUUUCAAAGGCACUAACGGAAAAUAUUUCAGCAGGAAUCUUCUCUGUUCCUGGAGGGCACAAGCUGUACAGGGAAGCAAAGCACAUGAUUGGACAGAGCUAUUGGCAAGUGCCAAGGAAAGGAGUGAAGGUGAGGGGUACGGGGAGCACAGGGAGCCUACAGGAUAGGGUCAAGAGGGGGUCUCCUGAAAAAUCUGAGAGUACAGCACUAGCUGUGGGUAACAAGAGAGCAUGGGGAUAGUAUGACAGCAUUAGCUUUUAAGUUCCACUAUUUGCUACUUAUUCCAGAGAAGAGUAGAAAUGACCAUUUCCAAAAAAAUGAGUAUGGAUUUCUGAAAUCCUUGAGGGACAGAAGAGAAAUGAUUCACUUCUUAAUCCAACAAUGUGACAUUUAGUGUUCCAACUGUUGACAAUUUACAAGUUAAAGUCAGAGUCAUCGUACACAAGGCUAAUUAAAAGUAAGAGAGGAGGUCAAAUACAUAGAAAAUUAAGUAUAGAGUUAUAACAACUACACACCUGUGAAAAUGGGCUACAUUAUGUGGUGGUACCAACAUAAUAAAAAAAUAGUAAAGUAAUAAUGUUAAUAAAAAUACAGCUAAUAUGUAUUGAAUGGUUAUUGCCCAUCAGCAUAUUGUUAAGCUCUUUCCCUAGACUCCUUAAUAACAUUAAGAAGCAUCUACAUUUAUGGUCAACAUUUCAUAGAUCUGCACUGAAAGGAAUAGGAGGUUAAAAUAACUCGCCUUCCAGCUGACAAGUGGUAGAGGAGAGCAGCCGCACAGAUUAGAGGCAGCAUUUCACACUGGUAAGGCAAAUAUGUAAAGGCACCAGACACUGCGGGUAUGUACGAACGCACAUGACUCUGACCAGCUGGGACCUUGAGUGGAUAGAGGG